AUGCCUUCUUCUCGUUCGCGAAGAGCCUGCCGCGUUCGUGAAGAGCAGCCUUCCUUAGGCUUACGCGAUCGUGAGAUCUCCUACGCAUUUGCAAAGGAUAAGCCCCCUGGCCUUCACAAACCCACUAAACCCACAACUACUAGCACUGCUGAUGAAAAGGUUAAGUAUGAGAAAUGGAUGGAGGCUAACAAAUUGAGUCUUAUGAUCAUGAAGAGAUCUAUUUCUGAUCACAUAAAAGGUGCGAUUAAGGAUAAUGGAAAUGCAAAAGAUUUUUUGAGUGCCAUUGGACAGAAAUUCCUAGAAUCUGAUAAAGUUGAGAUAGAUAGCCUGAUUGAUUCCCUAUCUACCAUAAAGUAUGACCUUGUAGGUAGUGUUCGUGAUCAUAUUAUGAAAUUGGUUAACAUUGCUACCAAACUGAAUAAUUUAGGUGUAAUCAUUACCGAUGAUUUUCUUGUUCACCAAUCUCUAAGGUCCCUUCCUGAGCAGUUUAACCAUCUUAAGACAACUUAUAAUGCACAAAAAGAUUAG